AUGAACGAGAUUCGGGUAUGUUCCUUUAAAUUUCCCAAAAAAAAAUUGAAAAUUUGAAUUUUGCAGCCGCGCGCGAAAAGUGCGCUGGAGCGCGAAUUGCAACUUCAUCACGAGAAAUCGCUGGAUUUGGAGGAGGCGCCGCACGGGUGGGUUACUGUAGAUUACUGUAUUUCAAAUUUUUGGCGGGAAAUUUUGAAAAUUCAAAAAAUUUGGGAUUUUUCGAGACUAAAUAAGCUUAGGGUUACUGUAUUCAAAUUUUUGGCGGGAAAAUUUGAAAAUUCAAAAAAUUUGGGAUUUUUUGAAACUAAAUGAGCCUAGGGUUACUGUAUUUAAAUUUUUGGCGGGAAAUUUUGAAAAUUCAAAAAAUUUGGGAUUUUUUGAGACUAAAUAAGCCUAGGGUUACUGUAUUUAAAUUUUUGGCGGGAAAUUUUGAAUUUUCAAAAUCUACAGUAACCCUAGGCUUAUUUAGGCUCAAAAAAUCCCAAAUUUUUUGAAUUUUCAAAAUUUCGCGCGAAAAAUUUAAAUUCAAAUUUUUUUCAGCUCACGGCUCUAUCAAAUGUUCGGACUCAUUGAAAAGGAAUUCGAAGCACUGUAUACGGAAAAUAUGGCGCGUAAGUUGGAUGUUUUUCCGGAAGCUUCCGCGCGGAAGGCUUCGCGGAAAAUUGCGGAUUUUUUGAUACCAAACAAGGCUAGAAUCCACGUGGAAAAUGUUUUGUUUUCCGCAAGCUUCCGCGUAAGCGGCACUGUCUUCCGCGAAGCGGCAACACGCGGAAAAAUCUGCAUUUUUUGAUACCAAACAAGGCUAUCUUCCACGUGGAAAAUGUUGUUUUUCCGCGAGCUUCCGCCUACGCGGAAAAUCCGCAACCCCACCAUAUUUGGUCUCAAAAAAACCGCAAUUUUUUACAGUCCGCGCGCGGAUUGCUCAACUCACCGCCGCCAAUCCGGAUGAGCCGACCACAAGCAGCUCCGCGAGCACCGCCAACAAUUUCGGUGGUCCCAAUUUUCUUCUACCCGCCUCUUCUCAAAAAUCCCGAAAAGGCAUACAAAUGGGACAGAAAUUACGGACUGCACUAAGAGGUCCGCCCGUUUUUCGAGAUGGUUCGAAGUUUCGACUGAUUCGACAAUUUGAGGGGCACCGCGAUGGAAUUUGGCACGUGGCAGCGGAUUUGGCGAGGAAUAUUUGUGCGACUGCUAGUGCUGGUGAGGAUUUUUGGUGGAAAAAUUAUGAAAAUUCAUGAAAAUCCGUCAAAUUUGACCCAAAAACCAGGAAAAAUGAUGAAUUUUGACCAAAAAUCAAUGAAAAAUUCGAAUUCGGAGAAGAAAAUGCGCUCCAAUGAGAAAAUAUCGAAUUUUUGGCGGGAAAUUUGAAUUUUUCAAAGGGUAAAUAACAAUUUUGACCCAAAAAUUGUGAAAAAUCAAGAAAAUUGACCAAAAAUUGAUGAAAAAUUCAAAUUCGGAGAGGAAAAUGCGCUCUAAUGAGAAAAUAUCGAUUUUUGCCUAAAAAUCAUGAAAAAUGACCAAAAUUUGAUGAAAAAUUCAAAUUCGGAGAAGCAAAUGCGCUCUAAUGAGAAAAUAUCGAUUUUUUGUCUAAAAAUCUUGAAAAUUGAUCAAAAAUUGAUAAAAAUUUCAAAUUCGGAGAAGAAAAUGCGUUCUAAUGAGAAAAUAUCGAUUUUUGGUCUAAAAACCAUGAAAAUUGACCUGUUUUCAUAUAAAUUCAACCAAAAAUUGAUGAAAAUUUUGAAUUCGGAGAGGCAAAUGCGCUCUAAUGAUAAAAUUGCGAAUUUUGGUCUCAAAAUCAUUGAAAUUGACCAAAAAUUGAUAAAAAUUUCAAAUUCGGAGAAGAAAAUGCGCUCUAAUGAGAAUUUUCAAAGGGAAAAUCAUCAAAAAUCGACCAAAAACAUAGGUUUUCGACUAAUUUUCACCAAAAAAUUCGAAAUUUUUCAGACCAAACUUGCAAAAUCUGGUCGCUGGACUCAAAUGGAACCUGUCUAGCCACAUAUUUAGGACAUUUUGGAAGUGUGAAUUGUGUGGUUUUUCAAGAAAAUCAAGAAUUAGUUGCCAGUGCAAGUGGAGAUGAAUCGACACAUAUUUGGAAAUAUUCGGGAGCCACGAAUUCUGGAGACGGAAAUUCAGAAGGAGAAGAUGAAGAUGUGGAGAAUGGUGAGCAAAACUACGAUGCUCCGCGUUUACACCAUUGAAAUUGACUCAUUUUUCAUCAAUUUUGCAGGUGUAAAUGCGGAGUAUCGUUUGAAAAACGUCAAUUCGAUGUUUUUUUCGAGCGAAGCGGCCACGUGGAUUAAUAUGAUAUGGUAAACGUCAUAGUAAUUUGCGUGGCUAUCUUUGCUCGAAAAAAACUACGAUACUCCGCGUUUACACCAUCAAAAUUGACCCAUUUUCCAUCAAUUUUGAAGGUGUAAAUGCGGAGUAUCGUUUAAAAAUGUUUAAUUUAAUGCCUGAACCUUAAAAUUUCAGCAAUUUUCAUGAAAAUCUUGGAUUUUCUAAAAAAAUGUUGAAAUUUUCGGGUUCUCGCGCAGGGGAACCUAUCGCCAAUUUUUUAAUGGAAAAACUACGAUACUCCGCAUUUACACCAUUGAAAUUGACCCAUUUUCCAUCAAUUUUGAAGGUGUAAAUGCGGAGUAUCGUUUGAAAAACGUCAAUUUUCAGCAGGCCAAAAAAUCCGAAGCCCAAUUCUCAGGCUCACAGGCCAUCGAGGCCCGGUUUCGUGUUGUGAAUGGCUGGAAAAUGGGCAGAAAAUUGUGACGGCCUCGUGGGAUCGAACCGCAAAUAUAUGUGAUGUGGAGAAAGGAGAGGUUGUUAGCAUUUUGAGUGGUGGGUGGUGGUUUUUCGAGUGGCGGAGCCGCGAGUGUAGACCGCAAGCUUCCGCGUCAGCGGCACUGUCUUCCGCGAAGCGGCCACGCGGAUUGCUAUGAUAUGGCAAACGUCAUAGCAAUCCACGUGGCCGCUAAAGCGGAAGAUAGUGCCGCUGACGCGGAAGCUUGCGGUCUACAGAGCGCUCGAGUCGAGCGGAGCGAGUAUAGACCGCAAGCUUCCGCGUCAGCGGCCACGUGGAUUGCUAUGAGCUAUAUGAUUGCAAAAGCUAUCUAUGCCACGUCAUAGCAAUCCACGUGGCCGCUAAAGCGGAAGAUAGUGCCGCUGACGCGGAUGCUUGCGGUCUACACUCGCUCCGCUCGACCCGAGCGCUUUGCGCGAGUGUAGACCGCAAGCUUCCGCGUCAGCGGCCACGUGGAUUGCUAUGACGUGGCAAAAACAUAGAUCUCAAUACGUCAUCAAUCGAUAUUUUGAAUAAAAUCCAUGUUUUCUAGUAGUUUUUGACCCGCUGAUCACUAUUCUGUUGUCAAAAACUUCAAAGCUCAACUUCUAAUUCGAGUUAUGACGUGGCAACGUUGGAAAAUUUGGACUGAAAGCUAGUUCUGACCUCCCAAAGUCUAAAACUCAUAUUAAAAGUUGAGCUUUGAAGUUUUUGACAACAGAAUAGUGAUCAGCGGGUCAAAAACUAGUAGAAAACAUGAGUUUUAUUCAAAAUAUCGAUUUUUGCCACGUCAUGCGGAAGCCUCAGCGGCACUAUCUUCCGCGUUAGCGGCCACUAUGACGUGGCAAACGAGAUCAUAGCAAUCCACGUGGCCGCUAAAGCGGAAGACAGUGCCGCUGACGCGGAAGCUUGCGGAAAAAACCCCCAAAAUUAAUUUUGCAGGUCACGAAAGUGAAGUAAAUCACUGUAGCGCUCAUCCAGAUCAACGACUUGUCGCAACUUCCUCAAAAGACACCACAUUUCGACUCUGGGAUUUUCGGGAACAAAUUCAAUCGGUUGCCGUGUUUCAAGGACAUCAGGAGUGAGUUUUUGGCGCCACGUGGCAUUUUUGGCGCCAAAAUUUUCGAAUUUUCUUCUAGAAGUGUCACAUCCGUCGCGUUCACCAACGAUUUUCGAAUCAUCAGCUCGUCGGACGAUGCAAGUGUCAAAAUUUGGGAUCUUCGAAAUAUGCGAUCAUCGCUGGCUUCAAUUCGCCUAAGUUCGGCUGCAAAUCGAGUUGCAGUAAGUAAACAAAAUGGAAUUAUUGCGAUUCCGAUGGAUAAUCGACAUGUUCGAAUUUAUGAUUUGAAUGGAAAUCGAUUGCCGAGAAUGCCGAAUCGAAGGGUGAGCAAUAGGGCUGAAAAUCCGGAUUUUUUGAGUCUAGAUAAGCCUGGGGGCUAGGAUUUUUGAGUCUAGACAAGGAUUUUUUGAGUCUAGACAAGCCUGGGGGCUGAAAAUCCGAGGGCCUGGCGGCUGAGAAUCCGGAUUUUUUGAGUCUAGACAAGCCUGGGGCUGAAAAUCCGGAUUUUUGAGUCUAGACAGCAAGCCUGGGGCUGAAAAUCCGGGGCUGAAAAUCCGGAUUUUUGAUUCUGAAAAUCCGAUUUUAGUCAGCCUGGCUGGCUAGGCUGAGAGAGUCCUGGGAUUUUUGAGUCCUGGAUGGAUUUUGAGUCUAGGAUGAGUCUAGCUCUGAAAAUCCGGAUUUUUGAGUCUAGACAAGCCUGGGGGCUGAAAAUCCGGAAAAUUUUUUUGAGUCUAGACAAGCCUGGGGGCUGAAAAUCCGGAUUUUUUGAGUCUAGACAAGCCUGGGGGCUGAAAAUCCGGAGAUAAUCCUGGGGGCUGAUCCGGAUUUUGAGUCUAGGAGCUGAAAAUCCGGAUUUUUGAGUCUAGACAAGCCUGGGGGCUGAAAAUCCGGAUUUUUUGAGUCUAGGGGCUGAAAAUCCGGAUUUUUUGAGUCUAGACAAGCCUGGGGGCUGAAAAUCCGGAUUUUUUUGAGUCUAGACAAGCCUGGGGCUGAAAAUCCGGAUUUUUUGAGUCUAGGCCUGGGGGCUGAAAAUCCGGAUUUUUUGAGUCUAGACAAGCCUGGGGGCUGAAAAUCCGGAUGUUUUGAGUAUAGAUAAGCCUGGGGGCUGAAAAUCCGGAUUUUUUGAGUCUAGACAAGCCUGGGGGCUGAAAAUCCGGAUUUUUUCGAGUCUAGACAAGCCUGGGGGCUGAAAAUCCGGAUUUUUUGAGUCUAGACAAGCCUGGGGGCUGAAAAUCCGGAUUUUUUGAGUCUAGAUAAGCCUGGGGGCUGAAAAUCCGGAUUUUUUGAGUCUAGACAAGCCUGGGGGCUGAAAAUCCGGAUUUUUUGAGUCUAGACAAGCCUGGGGGCUGAAAAUCCGGAUUUUUUGAGUCUAGAUAAGCCUGGGCGCUGAAAAUCCGGAUUUUUUGAGUCUAGACAAGCCUGGGGGCUGAAAAUCCGGAUUUUUUGAGUCUAGAUAAGCCUGGGCGCUGAAAAUCCGGAUUUUUUGAGUCUAGACAAGCCUGGGGGCUGAAAAUCCGGAUUUUUUGAGUCUAGAUAAGCCUGGGCGCUGAAAAUCCGGAUUUUUUGAGUCUAGACAAGCCUGGGGGCUGAAAAUCCGGAUUUUUUGAGUCUAGAUAAGCCUGGGCGCUGAAAAUCCGGAUUUUUUGAGUCUAGACAAGCCUGGGGGCUGAAAAUCCGGAUUUUUUGAGUCUAGAUAAGCCUGGGCGGCUGAAAAUCCGGAUUUUUGAGUCUAGACAAGCCUGGGGGCUGAAAAUCCGGAUUUUUUGAGUCUAGAUAAGCCUGGGCGCUGAAAAUCCGGAUUUUUUGAGUCUAGACAAGCCUGGGGGCUGAAAAUCCGGAUUUUUUGAGUCUAGACAAGCCUGGGGGCUGAAAAUCCGGAUUUUUUGAGUCUAGAUAAGCCUGGGCGCUGAAAAUCCGGAUUUUUUGAGUCUAGACAAGCCUGGGGGCUGAAAAUCCGGAUUUUUUGAGUCUAGAUAAGCCUGGGCGCUGAAAAUCCGGAUUUUUUGAGUCUAGACAAGCCUGGGGGCUGAAAAUCCGGAUUUUUUGAGUCUAGAUAAGCCUGGGCGCUGAAAAUCCGGAUUUUUUGAGUCUAGACAAGCCUGGGGGCUGAAAAUCCGGAUUUUUUGAGUCUAGAAACUCAAAUUUCCACCCGAAAAAUCCCAAUUUUUGCAGUGUCACACCCGAAUGGUUUCAUGUUGCUCGUGGCUCGACGAAAAUUCGUCGCCCAAUUUAUUGACUGUCGGAUUUGACAGAACUCUGGCCGCCUGGAAAGUUAAUAUUGGAGGAAGCUAG